AUGGGCGCCAAGGAGGGAAAGGCCGGUAAGGUGAGCUUCCAGCUCAAGACGGCCAAAGGAACCCGUGACUGGCAGGGUAUCGACAUGAACCUGCGGGACUCGAUCUUCUCCAAUGUCGCCGACGUCUUCAAGCGCCACGGCGGUACGGCCCUUGACACGCCCGUCUUCGAACUGAAGGAGAUCCUAGCCGGGAAGUACGGCGAGGACUCGAAGCUCAUUUACGACCUGGCCGACCAGGGUGGAGAGAUCUGCGCCUUGAGAUACGAUCUGACCGUGCCGUUUGCGCGUUGGUUGGCGAUGAACUCGACGAUACAGAACAUUAAGCGCUACCACAUCGCUAAGGUCUACCGACGUGAUCAGCCGGCUGUGGCCAAAGGACGUAUGCGCGAGUUUUAUCAGUGUGACUUCGAUAUCGCCGGUACCUACGACGCCAUGAUCCCUGACGCCGAGAUCGUGCGUAUCAUUGUCGAUGUGUUUGAAGCCCUCGGACUUCGGGAAGAUAUCACAAUCAAGAUCAACCACCGGAAGAUCCUGGACGGUCUGUUCACGGUGGCGGGUGUGCCGGAGGAUAAGAUCCGCAGCAUCAGCUCGGCUGUUGACAAGCUGGAUAAAUCGCCGUGGGAAGAAGUCAAGAAGGAGAUGGAGGAAAAGGGCCUGUCGCCCGAGGUUGCCGACAAGAUCGGAGAAUACGUGAAGCUAAGCGGGGGUCGCGAACUCGUCGACACCUUGAAGGCGGACGCUCAAGUCUGCGCGAACGAGCACGUCAAGAAGGGUCUUGACGACAUGGAACUCCUCUUCAAAUACCUAGAAGUGUUCAAGGUGACGGAUAAGCUGUCCUUUGAUCUCUCCCUUGCCCGCGGCCUCGACUACUACACCGGUCUGAUCUUCGAGGUCGUCACUCCCCUUUCCUCCGCCGACGGCUUCAACGCGAACAAGACGAAAUCUUCCUCGAAACCCAAGAAGAGCAAGGACAACGAUGAAGAUAGAUCCAACGACAACACCAUCGGCGUGGGUAGUGUCGCCGCUGGCGGUCGAUAUGAUAACCUGGUCAACAUGUUCGCUCCCAAGCGUCAGAUCCCUUGUGUCGGUGUGUCGUUCGGAAUUGACCGUAUCUUCACCAUCAUGAAGCAACGGCUCGAGAAGGAGCAGCAGGAGGGCAAUGCUACGAUCCGACCCAACGAAGUCGAGGUCUUCGUCAUGGCAUUCGGUGGCAAGGGAUUCAACGGCCUCCUGCUCGAGCGGAUGUCGGUUGCCGAUCAGCUCUGGAAAGCGGGCAUCAAGGCUGAAUAUACCGCGUCGGUCAAGCCGCGACUCCCUGCGCAGUUCAAGCAGGCUGAAAACGGAGGCGUGCCGCUUGCCGUCAUCCUCGGCGAGGACGAGGUCGCCGCGGGCAAGGUUAAGCUGAAGGUCCUUGGCCUGCCUGACGGUCACCCCGAGAAGGACGGCCGUUUGAUCUCCAGAGACGAUCUGGUUUCGGAGGUCAAGAAGGCGCUCCAGCAGAGUUCUUAG